AUGACACGAAAUGUACGACGUGGUGGAAAAAUUUGGGUACGUAUAUUUCCAGACAAGCCAGUUACAGUAAGACCCGCGGAAACGCGUAUGGGUUCUGGGAAAGGAUCCCCAGAGUACUGGGUAGCUGUGGUUAAACCAGGCAAAAUCCUUUAUGAAAUGGGUGGUGUACCAGAAAAUAUAGCCAGAAAAGCUAUUGAAAUAGCGGCAUCAAAAAUGCCUAUAAAAACCCAAUUCAUUAUUUCUGAAUAG